GGGCGGCGCUGCACCGCCGGCCACAUCACAGUGGAUGAUCGUGACAUUUCAUGUAUUUAGUACUCACAGGCCGUGACCGAAACGGGCUUCCAGAGCUACGGCUAGGUCUAUCGUCUACGCGUCUCCACGCAUUUCCAAUGGAGCGAAGACCUAGACCAAGCUCUAGAAAAGAGAUUCGGAUACAGCCUAAGAUCAACCAUCAGACUGUACCAUGUAACUGCCAGUAACCAGGUAAUAUCAUGGCCACUGGACUUGAUCCUUGCUCCAAGAGUCCACCUUCAGAAACUUACAUAACUUAAAUGCCAUGCUCAACACUGUUCUGUGCAAUAUGCAGCCAUGCAGAUGCGACAUCGAACAGUGUCGUAUUUGAUGCGGUAGCCCUCGCAUCUGAAAAAUGAGAAUAGACUCUGGAAAAGACUCAGCCCGCGGCAGUGGGAUGGCAGACGAGGGGGCCAAACCGGCUACCCAAGUGACCGCCACCACCGGUCCCCAGGAGGGACCUCCUUCGCAGACGACCAGUAGUGCCCACCCGCCGGCCCCGACCCCAGAAACUGCGCAGCAAAUGCGGCGUAAGACUGGCGUGGAGCCGCACCGGGUGAGUCGCAUACGUCUUAUCCUAGAUGCCCUGUUCCUGAUGGCCGGCAUGGCAACGUACGUAGCAGAUCUGGCUACCGAUGUUUCAGUUGCUGUCCAGUACAUCUUGCUGGACGAGUACGAAUGGAGCGGUCUGACCAUUGCCUUCAUCAUCAUCCCGUCGAUUACCAUUCAGUACUUCAGCUUCAGGUGGUUCGUCCUGGACUCCAAGGAGGUCCGGAAGGCGGAGCACGUGCCGUUCCUGAAGAAGGUGAUGGACUGGAUCCUGUGGCUACUCUUCCACGUUCUGCAGCUGGGCGUCUUGAAAAGGUACUGGCGGACCGUGAAGUACGGUUGGCGGAGCCGAGAGAAACGCGACUACUAUGACCUGAGCGUGUAUGAAUAUCGGGACCUGACCAUGCUGCGACUGUUGGAAUCAUUCAUGGAGGCCGCCCCACAGCUAGUGCUGCAGAUAUACAUCAUGACGCAGCAGAAAGACGUGUACUGGCUGACAGCAACUUCGGCGAUAAUUUCUUUAGCGUCCCUUGCCUGGGGCAUCGAGGCCUACCACAAGGCACUCCGCGAAGCCUGUAGCAACAAGAACAACUUGGGCUACAUCGGGCUGACCGUGCGUAUGGCCUGGCGCACCUUCACCAUCACAGCCCGCGUCAUCUCGCUAGCGCUCUUCGCCGCCUACAGCCUGUGGAGCUUUGUGGCCCUGGUGGGCGUGCACUACGUGGCCAUGACGCUGUGGCUGAUCUAUCAGGACACGGACUUCUGCACCACCCGGCUGGAGGAGGUGCUUUUCGACUGCGUGAUCGGCAUCAUCCACAUCUUCUGCUUCUUCAACAUGAAGGAGGGCCGGACCCGAUACCGGGCCGCCUUCUUCUACACCGUCAUCCUGGUCGAGAACACCGUCAUGUUUGCCCUGUGGUAUCACUACGAGGGCAGGGACACGGACUACGGAAAGGCCGCUCUGGCAUUUGUCUGGGGCGGGUUCUUCCUCGGCAUCUUCAUCAUGCUGCUCUACUACCGCUGCCUCCACCCGAACGGCAGUAUCCGCCUGUUUGGCAGAGCCCCUUCCACUCCAGCCAAGUCGAGGCCCGCCGGCCGCACCCCGGAGGGGAAUGCCCACUCGUACGAAAACACCGGCCAGGAUACGGUCGACUCUCCCCUGUCGUGGGAUGAUGUGGUCAUACCCUCCAGCACCCGGGGUUGCCACGGCAACCUUUUCACUCGCAGGGGACGGCGAUAUUGCUACUGGAGGGUACAGGAUGGGCCUUGUCCGUGCGAAGCGCCACCAUCCAAUCAGAGCACAACGACGGAACAACCGGUACCCAAUGCCGUUGACCACAGCACGGUCGUUGUUGAGGACGGCGCAAAGGAUGUGAACUGCCAUUGCAAUGGAGAGGAGCAGAAGGCCUUCUCGCAUGAUGGAAAGGAAAGAUUGGAGACUUAUUUGUAAAAAUUCAUUAACGAUACCUGGAUUGAUACCGACAGAGCACAAGUUAUGCAAGUUUUUCAUGCAUUUCAAGUUAAAUUCAGCCACAGGAGUGAGAUUCCAUUUAUGCCUUUACACAGUGCUGGUGGGUAGGUGGUUGGCCUCUUUGGGUGCUGUGAAUUCCCAAAUGUUCACGCGCAUCCAGCUUAAGAACGCAGGUUUGAGGGCAGCGCCACCACAAAAUGCAAUCUCUUUGAAUUAGUCUAUACAUAGGCCAGUCAGAUCACGCAUCCAGUGGGCAUCGUGACUUGUCAAAUUCACUCAACAGGUGGAACUGACUGGUCACCAGUGGUCAGUCCUUUGAUUCAGUUCUGACAUUGUAGUAAUCUGUCUCCAGUUUGCUUUUGAGAGAGUGUGGACAAAAUUGGUACCGAGAAAAGGAAUUUGGAACAUUUCCCACAAAAUCAGCAUUGAGUUCAAAUACGUCGGCCCUGGAAAGUGAGUUUUUUUUGCUGUCAAGGCAAACACAUAAUUGUCAGUACCGUUUUGAUGCAACUGCUCACAUUUCCUGGGCUUAGCAACUUACCCUGCUAAACCACUCCAGAAGACGGGCCUUGGUACAUGUACAUGCCACACGACCCUGCCACAAUUUGUCAUGCCAUACUGAGCCGAUAGGUCCUCACGAUGUUAUUGGAUGUUAUUGGAUUAUGCAAAACACUGCUCGAAUUGAGUGGAUAUCGAAUCAUUUGGGGACUGACCAGCUUUAGAUUGUGUAAAGAAGAUGCCUGCAUGAUCUACCUCAAGAUCAUCAUGAAUUCAUUCCAUUAUUCCGUCAUUUCUUUCGCCGGGGAUUCUCUCCCUGUUUGUAGAUUAAUUGCAUGACGUGCACGAAUGACUGACCAAUUACUGAGGGUGGGACAUUUAAACGAAAAAAGUUCCAAAUCCGUUUACAGAUUUUCCCAAGUGUUUAAAAGGAACCGCUUUUAAUUGAUGAAAUCCGGCAUUCAUUUUUAUUGUAAACUAUGCGUCUAAAUAUAAUCUGAUUUUCCGAACAAAUUACUGCUCGGUCCUAGGUAUCAAGGGAAUACCGUGAAUUCAUCACCUGAACUUUGUGUCAACUACAUGUAUUCACGUUGUAUUCAAGUUGUCAUGGUUAAAGUUUUCAAUGACGCCCUGGUUAGGGUGGGACGAAGUUUGCUGAGCGUUUUUCAAAUCAAAUGUAAAUUCCCACCAUUACCGAUUACGCAGGUGCUUGUGUAAAUGGCAUGCAUGCAUGGGCACUGUCACUGGGUCACCUUUUCAUUGGUCGUAAAAUCGAUAAGCUACAUUUAUUUCACUCUUUCAUUCUCCGGUCAUUCCCUUUGUUUCUUACCACUGUAAUGACACGACCAACUAAACCUAACUGCACGAGUGUACAUUUUGGCUUAGUGGUGCAUGCAAAAAUCGGUGAAUGUGACUCGGCUCACAGUAUGUGUUGUGUGUGACCUUUUUAGAUAAUGCUUCAUAAAAAUUGUCGGCGUGUACAUGUGUUCAUUCCUAUCUGCUUGUGGAAAUCUGUAUAAUUCAGAGAUCACAUUGGAAUACUUUGAAUUUAAGAAAUUUGUGCAAAUCGUAGUCUAUUUAUGGUGGCAAUGAUACAUCUUCGGUGAUAGGUAUACGUGUAUAUUAGUUUAGAAUGCAUUUACCAUGUUUACUGCUUGAGUGAAAUGAUCUUUUAUGAUUUCAAAGAAAACCAUCACUCGUUCUUCCCUGUCGUCUGUUAGGACAGAGUUUGAAUUGUUUCCGCCAAAGAAAAAGAAGAGCUUUUUAUGGACCUGUACUGUUUUCAAAAUUUUGUGUGAAAUUGUUUUUUCAUGGGCAUUUCAGUAAUAGAUUUAUUCUGAGAAGGUAGUUGGAAAAUUUUGUAGAGGAUUUUAGAAUAGUCAUUGGUUAAAUUUUGCUCAGGGAAAUAAUUGACCACUUGCUCGUUGGGGAAGAUGGAAGGGCGGGGGGUGAAAAUCCAUCUCCCCCUCAGCCUAAUACACCCACUUCCAUCAUGAUAAGCAUUACACUCCAUGUGUGUUUCUAUUUUGUUUCUAUUUUUAUGCGAAAUUUGUAUCAUUUACUCUUGAAAUGCCACAGAGAUGCUGGUACAAGAAAUGCACGUGGCUUCAGUAUUUCCAGAAUAUUAUGACACUGUGGUGAGCUUGCCUGUCAGAGCUGUUUUCGAAGGCUUAAAAAGCAGGUCGUGAAUUUCGGCUUCAGUGCUAAAUGAAUGGAAUUAAUUGCACUCCCUUCGUUAAAAACUCGGGUUGACAGUUUGCAAAGUACGGUAGAUUUGGAAGUGAGCCGAGUUCUGCUUGCCCUGAAGAAGGUACUCAGUUACCAAAAGCUCAGCAAUCACAUAUUUCAGAGCACUGAUUUGAUAUUAUAUUCUUGUCGUUAUUCUGAUCACGGAGCUACGCAGCUCGUCCAUAUUUCUCUGUGUGGAGUUUGUCUGCUGGAAUCCUUUGCACACGUACACACUCAUAUAUCUCUUGAUUGUUCUGAAUCAUAUCGACAGAAACUGUGUUGCGGUACUGUCGUCAGUCACAAGGGCAUCAAAUUCAUACAUGUAGCGUCUAGUCUCAAGUCCCAAGCUAUUCAAAAGAGCUGCAACGGAAACAUUCCAUCGUCAUUGUUUUCUUGGUUCCUUUUUGUGACUGGGCUUGCUAGAAGAACUUGGAACUAGACUGACAUGUUGAAUGGGCAGUGGACCCAACCACAGCCAUCCAGUUCACAAUUUUAGUCUUGCGUGGGUACUACAAACUAGAUUUAUUUUGAAAUUAUAUUUUGCUACAUCACUCUUGUUGACGUUGAAUCAUGUCCCAAAAGAGGCUUAGAAAUAGACCAAUUGCACCUGCUCAGUCACAUGACCUAUAGUGGGUAUCAAACAUCAACAAAUAUGGUGUCCGCCAAUAGCAAAGUGUGUCAUAUUUACCAAAAAUAAAGCCAGUGGUCGUUAAAAGUGCUCAGACUACUGAUGUGCUGAGCACUACACCGAAAUGGGCUUUAUUUUUGCAAUCGGUCUGUUGAAUACCGUGCUGUCUGUGCAUGCAUUUCCCAUCUUAGAACUAACAACUCACUUGGACAAAUUGUACAUUAUAUUGUAGUAAUAUAUUGCUGAUCGAUUUAAGUCCCUUUUUUAUGAUUUCAAAUGUAGAUGGAAAUUAGGGUGAGCUUUAUAUAUUUGGGAAUGUGUUUUACAGAUUGACAGGUUUUUUUUUUACCAAUUAUUGUGUGUACAGUUGGUUUUACAAAGGUGACACUAUUUUGCAUUAAGUUGAUUGUAUGCUUUAAUUUUUCUGUUACGUCAAGGUGAUUUUGUUUUAUUACCAUUGUUAACAUGACAUACUUCGGAGCAGGGACAACCAAAGGCAUGAACUAAUGUUAAUAUCAAAAGAUUUGUGGGGAAAAAACUGA